AUGGGAACGAUGGCGGAGGAUGCUCCAACCUCGACCGCCACCACUACCAGCCCAGAGCACUCGGCUGCGACACCGCAAGCCGCAGCAGCUCCGGUCGUGUCGACGGAUCCACCGGUGGCGAGUGUUCCUUCGGCUGCGAUAGAAAGACCAGCAGCCACUACUUCACCUCUCAGGCAGUCAACGCAGUCAGGAGCUGGCUUGCCUCGACCACCCGCUCAGGCCUCCUCCCCACCUCGGCCUUGGGCAACCUCGCCCUCUCCUCCUGCCGGCGACAAUGCGGUCCUUGUCCCACGGCAGGGCGAUCGACCGAAACCACAAGAGCACGAUAUUGUCUUAGUUGACAAUGUCAACCACAGCUCAAACACCGGUCACGACACAUCACUCCAGCUCGACCCCAACCUUUCGUCGGCGGGCUCGUCAUCAAACAAACUCACCCGAUGGCUCUCGCGCGGAUCGACCGAAUCCUCCACCUCGUCCAGCAGCAUCAAGAACGCACGUAGGAUUACAAGAAGAGCAAGUGCGACCCACCCCACCUCGUCGACCCAAGAUCCUCGCGCCGCUCUGGUCCACCCAACCAUUUCCAUUUCUUCCUCGAGUUCGGCUCACUCCCCCUCCUCGUCGCGGUCCGCAUCACCCAUUCAAACGCUAAGAAGCUCGCUCUCGUCUGAAAAGGAUAAAGAGUCCAAGAUCUCGGCCACUUCGAGGGCGCUCAGCUCCUUGUCGUUCAAGAACGUGCGCAACAAGGGCAAAGGGUCUGCUGCGAGCGCUCAUGAUGGCGAGCUCGAAGAUUGGGCCGAAACCAGUUUCGAUGAUGGAGCUACUUCGCCCUUUGAUGCGCGCCUGCAGGCUGCGCCGAGAUUGACAACCAGUAAGCCCUCGGUCGAUGCACCGCCACCACCCAAAAAUGGCGUGGGGAGAUUCAGCUUGCGCAAGACUCGAUCCAAGCUCUUCGGGCGACCCGAGGCGCAAGACGAGCGCGAGUUUUCGAUCCCGGAGGAACUCGUCGCUUCUUCUCCUACUCGUCGCGUAAAUAAGGCCUCGACAGCAUCAAACCUGGGUAUGGUGCGGAAGAAAUCCGCGACGUGGUCUACCGAGUCGCUGAGCCGAAGUCAGGAACUCGAAGCCUGUCUCGACCCUGAUUUCAACCCUCGAGCGAGCGAUUCGUUCGCACCUUCAGCUUCCUCGGAGGUUCAAUCCUCGGUCGGUGGACGUAUAGGCGGUUGGUUCAACAGUAUCAUCAACAAUGAGACGUUGACUUCCACCUCGCCUGCCGGGAACGACCCGCCUUCCCCGAUGGUGACGUCCCGGGCUUUACCUCCGCUUUCGAAAUCAACUUCACCGGGGUCAGCCUCGUCGAGUCCGUCGCGAGCAUCACCGCCGAAGCGAGGGAGUGCGACGGCUUUGAACACUAACCGUAGUGGUGGACGAUCGCUGGGACCCUUUGAUCGAUUCUUGGACAAGACGGCGCAAUUCCUCUUUGACUCGGAUAGUCACGCCGAUAAAUGCGAGGACGAGAUUUGGGUCCUCGGUGUCUGUCACCAGGCGGCCAAAAGCGAAGAAUCAUCCAUCAACGAGGGUGGCAAGACGAGUCCUCGACCGAGUCGACCUUCCGAGGAGGCUGUCGACAGCGAAGCCGUCAACCUUGCGCCCUCGUCCUCCACGACCUCGGGCUGGCCCUCGACAUUCUACCACGACUUUUAUUCCCGCAUGGCCCUGACGUACCGAUCAGGCUUCCCUCCGAUCCCAUGCGCGUCUCCGGGUAACGCCGGUGGUGGAGGGUUUUUCAACUCGUUGAGCAUGAGCAUCGGGAGGGGUGCGAAUGGGAGAACGGCGGAUGGGCUAUCGAGCGAUACGGGUUGGGGUUGCAUGCUUAGGACGGGUCAGAGUUUGCUGGCGAAUGCUCUGAUGGCUGUUCAUUUGGGUCGAGGUGAGCUACCAGAGAGACCGUGGGAAAAGGAAUAUAAGACUUGUGCUGAUACUUCUCUGUCCUGGACAGACUGGCGACGACCCCUCCCAACACUAGGUCUGCCUUCCCCGACGACGCCUUCGCAGACCCACGCCUCGACAUCGGCCCCGGCAGUCAACUUGCCCCCCUCGUUCGCGACGUAUGCUCGCAUCCUUUCGCUCUUCAUCGACGAUCCUUCACCUUUAGCUCCGUUCUCCGUCCAUCGCUUCGCUUUGACGGGCAAACAGCUUGGGAAGGAAGUGGGCGAGUGGUUCGGCCCUUCUACGGCGAUGGGGGCGAUUAAAUCCCUCGUGCAUGACUUCCCUCCCGCUGGACUGAGCGUCGUAGGCGUCAAUGACGGGACUGUCUAUCGAUCCGAAGUUGAGGCCGCUUCGUCGAUGCCAAGCUCGACGCCAACGUCCGAGAUCACGACACCGGAGAAGCCGUGGCAGCGACCUGUUCUCGUCCUCCUAGGUCUGAGGCUAGGAAUCGAAGGCGUGAACCCCGUCUACCACGAAGCGAUCAAAGCCAUAUUCCGCUUCCCCCAAUCCGUCGGCAUCGCGGGGGGUAGACCUUCGUCGUCUUAUUACUUUGUUGGGGCGCAGGCGAAUUCGUUGAUUUAUAUCGACCCGCAUCAUCCGAAACCUUCAAUACCGCUGCGCCAUCCACCGCCGGAACUGUUUGGGCCGGCUCAGUCCAUCCCCAUCUCAUCCUCUGCGCCAUUGCCCACGACCCCCACCACAGUGGACGCAGAAUCAUUUGUCUCCGUCCAUCCUCCCACUCUAGCCAGACCAGACCCUCAAGCCGCGUCCCUCUCAACGUACUUCCUCACCGCCUACCCCGACCCUUCCCUCUCAACGUACCACUGCGACAAAGUACGCAAGAUGGCCAUCACUUCCCUUGACCCCAGCAUGUUGGUCGGGUUUUUGAUUAAAGACGAAAAGGAUUGGGACGAUUUCGUACAACGGACGCAAGGGUUGACGAGGGAGAACAAGCCGAUUUUCUCGAUUGCUGAUUCGCCGCCUGCUUGGAUGAGGAAGUCGAUGGGUGGGGGGAGUACGCUUUCGAGGGAGGAGAAAAAGGAGGGGAGCAGACAGGGGAAGGGGAAGGGCUCGAAGGAGUCGACGGAAGAUGUGGAGGUGCUUUCGGCGGAUGAGUUUAGUGAACCGGAUGAUUGGGAUAUCGAGUCCGACGAAGGGACCGGAUCCGGUCCGGCGGUGCAAGAGAACGAGGUCGAGACGAGGGACGGCGCACCUACACCACCGUCGCUCGGCUCGGAUCCUCAAGAAUCUACGGACGAUUGGAUCAAAGAAGAGAGUACAGACGAGGCUGUAGCCGAAGCUCGAGUCAUCCCCGCCGUUGAAGAAGAGACUUGGUCGGACGCAUCUCUGUCGAAGGCAGGGGGUGAGGAACAAUCCAUCGGCGAAGGUGUGGAGGGAGGUCAGGAUGAUGGCGUCCUCAUUGGUUAG